AUGACAGCCCUCCAGGAGCUUCAGGGCCUCACGGAUUGGGCCUGCAGGCUCAUCAUGGCUGCCGAGCGGCCAGCGCCGUUCUCGUCACGCGACGGCAAGCUGCUGCGCCUCGUCCCCGUCGACCGCCGGCUGAGUGCCGUGGAGAUGGCGGCAUGCAUCGCCUCUGCCCUCAAGGAACAUCCUUCCCUGACGGCUGCUGCGCACGAGGCUCGGUGCCGGGAUGGCGCCAGGUCCUCGCCCAGCAGCACCCGGUGCGCCACCCUGUCGGUGCGUUCAGGCGACAGGGCGAUUGCAGCGCUGCUGCGGGGCUGGGCGUACCUCAGGGCCGGUGAUGCGCAGCAGGCGCUCCUGGACGCGCGCUGCGCGCUGGCCAGCGCGCCGCGGCGUGCGGCGCUCGAGCGGGAGGCGGCCGAUGACGGCGGUGCUCGUGAAGGAGGCCCAGGCAGCAUUGUGAGCAGCGACCUUCCAGAACAGCCAGGCACCUGCGACGGCGCUGCUAGCGCCACACCAGGGGGCGUCAGCAACCCAAGCAGCUGCCUCACCCUGUCAGGCGAUGGCAUUGCGCGCGCUGCGGCGCCACUGCGUGGCCUGCACGCCUGCGCUUGGGCACCAGCGCACGUCCUGAGCAGCGAGGCGCACGCCGCCGCGGGCGACUGGGAAAGCGCGGCAGUGCACGCCAGCAUUGCCUGCGAGCUGGAGCCAUCCGAUCCAUCGCACAUGGAGCGUCUGCGGAUGGUGCUGCCUCGGCUGUCAUCCCCGCAGGCGGCUGCGCUCACGGCCGGCGGCGCUGCGGGCCUGUGGCACUACUACAAUACGUGGAUGGCCCAGCGCAUCGAGGCCCUGCACCCCGGCCUGCCCCAGCCCCUGGUCAACAAGCUGCUGGCCCAGGAUGCCGGGGAGCUCGACCUGCGCAUCGGCCACCCCGAAGCCCUGGCCGAGCAGGUGGAGGAGCUGAUGGACGUGUACAAAGCUGGCGGUGCCGCAGCCCUAGAGGUCCACUGCCCCGCGCCGCUGCGCUGGGAGAGGAUGCAGCAGCUGCUGGGUCCAGGGGCCGUCGGCCUGCCGAUUGGGUACGAGCCGCCGCCGUCAGCGGGGCCUUCUCAGCAGCCCAGGGGGCAAUUGGCGGGAAAGGACGCGAGCGUCCUACGGCUGCAGGGUUGA